UACCCACCUUAAUACAUGUGUUGUGAACAUUUCAAUACGUCAUCUCUAUUUAUUUCUAUUAAUAAUCCUUGCACGAUUCUGAACGUACGGUCUUCAAGUUUGUUACUGCAUUCAGUGAUUUUUGUGAAAAUGCAGCUGGAAGACGAAAUUAUUCCUGAUGAGAAACAAGGGUCCCAUCACACCAAUCAAGGUGAUGCCCUGCACAAUUUCCUGGAUUCAGCGCAGACCGUUUUAGCGGAAGUAGUUGCCAAAAGCGCCACUGAAAAGGUCGUAGAUGGUAUGUUUUCUCCUGGCCAUCAACCGAAUCAAGGGGCUCCGCAACCUGGUGGGCCCCCACAAGAGGGUAUCUACCCAGAUCUCGACAGAGAAAAUAAUCGAAAUAGAGAACCCACCUUCAUAGACACUGCUCAGAAUGCCUUCGCUGAUGCAUUUGCCAAAAAAGCUGCUGAAAAGGUGGUUGAUGGAAUUUUACCAUCGAAUAAGCCCAGCCAACCCGAAGAAAACCAUGGGCGUCCAAAUCAGAGCAAUUCCGGAUUCGAUCUCAGCAGCUUAGGGUCUUCCCUUCUUGAAUCCUUUGCCGAUCAAAUGAUGCAUCCAUCUGAGAAACAGGGCACCCAACAGCAACAUUACUCACCACAGCAACCACGCGGUCAGGGAAAAGAACAAUCAGGUUUGGAUUUCGGUAAUAUGGGAUCGGAACUGUUAGGAUUUGCCGAGCAAAUGCUUCAUUCUCAAGGUCAAAAAGAUCAGUCCGGCCAAAGCAGGCAACCCCAAGCUCAGAGUGACAACCAGGGCGGGUUCGAUUUUGGCAAAGUUGGCUCUGAACUGCUCAGUUCGUUCGCUGAACAAGUAAUGCAUCCAGAAAAAAAGGCAUCUGAACAACAAAAUCCUCGCCCGACUCAUAAUCAAGAGGAUAAGCAAUCUGGUUUCGAUAUCAGUAAAGUGGGCGCAGAGUUGCUUGGAUCUCUGGCUGAGCAAGUGCUACAUCCUUCUGAUAAGAAGGAAAAUGCUUCUGUUCAGAAGCAAUCUCCAGACAAUCUAAGAAACUCCCCAAAUCAACAUGGAGGUGAUAUUGCGGCAAUUUUGGGUUCUUUUGCCGAGAAUGUGUUAGGAGGAAAUAAACCGAAUCAAGAAUAUCAGAUUAAGGGCACUGAUGCAAAACCUCACACACUCGCUGAUAGUGCUGGGGAAAUAGCAUCUUCUGUUCUUGGGUCACUGGCUGAAUCUAUGUUGCACAAAAAUUCUAAUAACGAAUCGCAGCAAUAUCAGGAUCCUAGAAAUUACGGGCCCCCUCAGUGGUAUGGGCCACCAGGGCAACAAGGAUAUGGGCCCGGACCACAAGGAUACGGGCCAGGGCCCCAAGGCUACGGGCCAGGGCCCCAAGGCUACGGGCCAGGACCUCAAGGCUACGGUCCAGGACCUGAAGGCUACGGGCCAGGACCUCAAGGCUAUAGACCAGGCCCGCAAGGAUAUUGGCCUGGCCCUCAGGGUGACUGGCCUGAUUCCCAAAGAGGACUUCCGGCGAAUCCAAAAGAGGCACCUUUAUCUGAGGAUAUCGGUUCUUUUUCAUCGAAUCGCCAGAAUCAUCAAAAACCCCAAAAUGAGGAUGAUGAGUCGCCAGCAGCUGAGUUGGGCUCAUUUUUAGUUAAUUCUCUUGCAUCUAAAAUGUUGCAACCUCGUCAAUAAACAAAAGCUCUCUGUUUUGACAUAAAAUGUUAAAGUAUAUGACAAAAAAAUGUUCUUAUUUAUUUUUAACACUUUUUAAAUUAAUUAUUCUCUAUUGUAUUAUAUACAACGUUCUCCCUAUGUUAUACUUUUUUCGCAAUUAUUGUUCAGGCCGAAUUAAUUAUUCUUUCUGGAAGGGCGUCACGGACUCGAUAUUCUUUGGAUAUAGGGUGAGGAAAAUAACCCCAUUUCUCCUCAUAUCCGUCUAUACAACUUGGCUGUGGAUGAAAAGUUAACCUAAAUAGAAUAUAGAUAUCAAUUUGUUGAAAUAUAUGUGAAAAUCUUAUGUGCCUUCAUGGAAAUUAUUAUUACAUUGUACUAUUCAAUAAAAUAUUAAUAACA